CUCUCCUCUCUCUCUCUCUCUCUCAACUUUUUUCUGUUUCAUUUCCGUUUCACGCUUUCAGUUGCGUCUCAAGACUCUGAAAAACGUUUCACUUCAACAGGUGAUUGCAACUGCACCAACACCUUUGCAACUGCUAGAACAAAGAUGGCGUCGAUGCUGUGUCACGUGGCUGUCAUGUUGUUGCUUGUUUCUGCAACGACGAAUGCUGCAGGUACAACCGUAAAUGCGGUUUCUACCACAGCUAUAACCGCAACAACCCCUGAGAGGACCACGGUACUAACGACCACACUUGGAGCUACUACAAUGGCCGAAACUACGACUACCACCACUGCCCCUACGACUACAACAACCACUACCACUACCACAGUUCCUACGACUACCACAGCUCCUACGACUACCACAGCUCCUACGACUACCACUACGCCUACAACAACUUCCACUACAACUACCACUACCCCUACAACUUCCACUACAACUACCACUACCCCUACCCCAACAACCACUGCCACUACUCCUACGACUACAACCACCACUAUUACGCCUGCAACUACCACUACCCCCACAACUACAACUCCUACAACUCCUACUACCACGACUCUAACGACCACAACCCCUCCAAACACAACUUCAACGCCUACCACCACAACCACCUCAACCCCGACCACAGCACCGCAGGGCACCACCACCCCCCCUCCCCCAGCCCCCAAGAGCCAGUCAGACGCUCCUCCUGCGACCCAGUUCAGCGUGAAGGAGGUGGUCCUCGUGAGCGUCUCGUGUUCCCUGUUCGUCCUCCUGGCCGUGGCGGCGCUGGCCUUCCUCCGGAGCCGGGCCAGGAGGCGGAGGAGGCGCAGGACUCGCGCCAGGGACUCCCUGCCGGUGGUGUCGCUGAAGCCCUUGGAGGCCAGGGAGGAGGAGGUUCCCGGCGACGACAAGAUGUGGCUGACGGUGACCGUGCGGGAUUUCGGUCCUCGCUCCGACAACCUGGAGGUCCUCGGGGUCGGCGGGCGAGGACACGACGCCAGGAUUCUGACGGUGUCCGAGCGGGGCUACAGCAGGCGGUCCUCCAUGCCCGAGGCCACCGCGCAAGCCCUGAGCUCUGGGCUGCAAGGAGCGAGUCAGCACCUGAACAUGUCGCUCCACAGCCUCAACACCCUGUCUCCGCCGCAGCACCUCCCGACCAUCCGCAACAACAUCCACAGCUACAGGCGCGUCUCGACCUCGAACCUCCAGCAAGGGAGCCCCAGGAACAUGCACGUCGAAGGACCUGCUCUGCCGACACCUCCAGAGGCGCCGAGGAUUGUCGUCUCGAAGCCCCGGUCCCGCGAGUCGCUCCAGGAGGACCUCCGCACGAUCGACUCCCGCUUCCAGUUCCUCGACGAGAGCGCGGCCAGCGAGGAGCGCAGCCCCGCCGCCUUCUCCACCUUCGGCAAGUGAGGGUCGGCGGGAAGGAGCGCCGACGAGGGGUCAGGCCCUUCAU